AUGUCUAGCACAGUCACCUUGACCACGGCGAGCAGUUUGACACCCACUGCCACUUCAACAGUGAGCUCCACGAUAACAGUGAGCAGCAGCGUGAGCGCGAUCGAGUCGAGCAGCGCGACGUCGAGCAGUACUGUUUCGAGUGCAACACAGUCGAGCAGCACCACGCUGGCCAGCACUACCGAGAGCAGCGGCACGACGCUGACGGCCACGACAGGGUCAUUCAACACUACGCUGACCGAGACAAGUACUUCGACGGCUAGUACGAGUGGCACCAGCAGCACGACGGCUAGCUCGAGCGUGACCAGCAGCACGAUGGCGCCAUCGGCAACUGGUACUUCCAGUGCUUCGGUGACCAGUAGUGCGUCUCAGACGAGCAGCAGUGUGUCCUCGAGCAGCACUGGCACGACCAGUACGAGCGCGAGUUCGAUCGCGGACACAUCCACGGCCACUUCCACGGCCACCUCCACGACAAUGAGCAGCGUGAAAGUGGUCGGGACGAGCAGCACGACUUCCAGCAAUACGAUUUCGACCAGUGUCACGUCGACUGCCACUUCAACAGUGAGCUCCACGAUGACAGUGAGCAGCAGCGUGAGCGUAAUCGAGACGAGCAGCGCGACGUCGAGCAGUAUUGUUUCGAGUGCAACACAAUCGAGCAGCACCACACCGGCCAGCACUACCGAGAGCAGCGGCACAACGCUGACGGUCACGACAGGGUCAUUCAACACUACGCUGACCGAGACAAGUGUUUUGACUGCUAUUACGAGUGGUACCAGCAGCACGACAGCAUCGUCAACCACUGAGCCCUCCAGUGCCUCGGUGACUAGCAGUGCGUCUCAGACGAGCAGCAGCGUGACCUCGAGCAGCACUGCCACGACCAGUGCGGGCACAAGCUCGAUCUCGGUGACGACGGCGAGUGCGAGCGUUACGAGUGGCACUACCACUCUGACCAGCACCUCGGAAUCAAGCACAACCUUUGUGACCACUACCACAGUGGCAACUGCAAGCUCUACUAUGUCCAGCACAAUGGCGACAAGUAUAGCAGCGACGAGCACCAGCACCUUGACCGCAUCCACCAUGUCUAGCACAGUCACCUUGACCACGGCAAUCAGUGCGACACCCAUUGCCACUUCAACAGUGAGCUCCACGAUGACAGUGAGCAGCAGCGUGAGCGUGAUCGAGACGAGCAGCGGGACGUCGAGCAGUACUGUUUCGAGUGCAACACAGUCGAGCAGCACCUCGCCUGCCAGCACUACCGAGAGCAGCGGCACGACGCUGACGGCCACGACAGGGUCAUUCAACACUACGUUGACCAAGACAAGCACUUCGACAGCUAGUACGACUGACACCAGCAGCACGACAGCAUCGUCGACCACUGAGCCCUCCAGUGCCUCCGUAACCAGCAGUACCUCUCUGACGAAAAGCAGUGUGACCUCGAGCAGUACUGUCACGACCAGUACGGGCACCAGCUCGACCACGGUGACGACGGCGAGUGCGAGCGUUACGAGUGGCACUACCACUCUGACUAGCACGUCAGAAUCAAGCACCACCUCUGUGACCUCUGCCACAGUGACAAUUACAAGCUCUACUAUGUCCAGCACAACAACGAUCAGCGCCAGCACCUUGACCACACCCACCAUGUCAACCGCAACCAUCUCGGCCACGGCGAGCAGUGCGUCACCCACUGCCACUUCAACAGUGAGCUCCACGACAACAGUGAGCAGCAGCGUGGGCGUGGUCGAGACGAGCAGCGCGACGUCGAGCAGUACUGUUUCGAGUGCAACACAGUCGAGCAGCACCACGCUGCCCAGCACGACCGAGAGCAGCGGCACGACUCUGACGGUCACGACAGGGUCAUUCAACACUACGCUGACCGAGACAAGUACUUUGACGGCGAGUACGAGUGGUACCAGCAGCACGACUGCAUCGUCAACCACUGAGACUUCCAGUGCCUCGGUGACUAGCAGUGCGUCUCAGACGAGCAGCAGUGCCACCUCGGGCAGCACUGCCACGACCAGUACGGGCACAAUCUCGAUCUCGGUGACGACGGCGAGUGCGAGCGUUACGAGUGGCACUGCCACUCUGACCAGCACCUCGGAAUCAAGCACAACCUCUGUGACCAUUACCACAGUGGCAACUGCAAGCUCUACUAGGUCUAGCACAACGGUGACAAGUAUAACAGCGACGAGCACCAGCACCUUGGCCGCAUCCACCAUGUCUGGCACAAUCACCUUGACCACGGCGAGCAGUGCGUCACCCACUGCCACUUCAACAGUGAGCUCCACGAUGACAGUGAGCAGCAGCGUGAGCGUAAUCGAGACGAGCAGCGCGACGUCGAGCAGUACUGUUUCGAGUGCAACACAGUCGAGCAGCACCACGCCGGCCAGCACUACCGAGAGCAGCAGCACAACGCUGACGUUCACGACAGGGUCAUUCAACUCUACGCUGACCGAGACAAGUACUCCGACGGCUAGUACGAGUGGUACCAGCAGCACGACGGCUAGCUCGAGCGUGACCAGCAGCACGACGGCAUCGUUGACUACUGAUACGAGCAUUACCACGGCGUCCAGCUCAAGCACGGAUUCCACCUCUACGGAGUCGAGCACAGCGUCGCGAUCUAGCACAACGAGCACGAGCAGCACCACAGGUUCCACGAUAACGAAGUCGAGCACGACGUUCCGAACAAGCACUACGGAAACGAGCAGCACAACGCGGUCCACCACAACGGAGUCGAGCAUCUCUUCGCAGGCAAGCACUACGCAAACAAGCAGUACACCGUGGACCGGCACUACGGCGUCAAUCACCACGUCGCGGACCAGCACUUCAACAACGAGCAGCACCACGCGGUCCGCCACAACAGGGUCGACCACUACGUCGGGGACCAGCACUACGGAAACAAUCAGCACUACGGGGUCCACCACGACGGCCUCGAGCUCAGCGACCCGGACCAGCACGACGGGUGCGAGUAGCACCACGAGAUCUUCUACUAUAGAGUCGAGCACUACAUCGCGGUCAAGCACUACGGAAACGAGCAGCACCAUGGGGACCAGCACUACGGGGACCAGCAGUACCACAGGGUCCACGAUGACAGGGUCGAGCACGUCAUCGCGGACGAGCACUACCGAACCGAGCAGUACCACCGUGUCCACCACCACGAACUCGAGCACGACGUCGCGGACGAGCACUACGGAAACGAGCAGCACCACGGUGUCCACCAUUUCGGGGACCAGCACGACGUCGCGGACCAGCACUACAGAAACGAGCAGUACCACCGGGUCUUCCACAACGGGAUCGAGCACCACGUCACGGACUAGCGCUACGGAGACGAGCGCUACCACGGCGUCCACCACUACGGAGUCCAGCACGACAUCCAGGACAAGUACUACGGGAACAAGCAGUAGCACGGGGUCCACUACCACGGAGUCAAGCACCACGUCGCGCACCAGCAAGACAGAGUCGAGCAGCACCACUGUGUCCACAACGACGGAGUCGAGCAGUACCACGGGGUCCACCAUCACGGAGUCGAGUACCACGUCGCGGACCAGCAUUUCUGAAACCAGCAGUACAACGGGAUCCACCACUACGGCAUCCAGCACCACGUCGCGGACAAGCACCACGGAAACGAGCAGCACUACGGUUUCCACCACGACGGCGUCGAGCACCACGUCGCGGACCAGCACUUCGGCAACGAGCAGCACCACGAGGUCGACUACCACGGAGUCCAACACGACGUCGCAGACCAGCACUACAGGGACGAGCAGCACCACGGUGUCCACCGCAACACAGUCUAGCACUACGUCCCGGAGCAGCACCACGAGAACAAGCACUACCACGAGGUCAACCUCUUCGGAGUCGAGCAGCACCACGGGGUCCAGCACGACGGAGACGAGCACUACGUCGCAGAGCAGCACUACGGAAACCAGCAGUACCACAGAGUCCACCACGACGGAAUCGAGCACGACGUCUCGGACGAGCAGCACAGAAACGAGCAGUACCACGGCUUCCACCACAACACAGUCUAGCACGACGUCGCGGACCAGCACGACGGAAACGAGCAGCACAACGAGGUCUUCUACUACAGAGUCGAGCACUACGUCGAGAUCCAGCACUACGGAAACGAGCAGCUCCACGAGGUCUUCUACUACGGAGUCGAGCACCACAUCAGGGACAAGCACUACGGAAACGACCAGCACCACAGGGUCCACGACUACCGAGUCGAGCAGUACCACGGUGUCCAGCACUUCGGAUUCGAGCACGUCAUCGCAGACCAGCACCACAGAAACGAGCAGCACAACGGGGUCCACCACCACGGCAUCCAGCACCACUUCGCGAACAAGCACUACCGAAUCGAGCACUACCACGGUGUCCACCACGUCGGAGUCUAGCAGCACGUCGUGGACCAGCACCACGGAAACGAGCAGCACCACGGUGUCCACCACGACGGAGUCUAGCAGCACGUCGCGGACCAGCACCACUGAAACUAGCAGCACCACGGUGUCCACCACGUCGGAGUCGAGUACCACGUCGCGGACCAGCACUACGGAAUCAAGCAGUACCACGGGGUCCACCACCACGGAAACGAGCAGCACUACGGGUUCCACGAUGACGGAUUCGAGCACAACAUCGCGGACAAGCACUACAGAAACGAGUAGCACAACAGUUUCCACCAGCACGGAUUCUAGCACGACGUCGCGGUCCAGCACCACGGAAACCAGCAGUACAACAAGGUCUUCCACUACGGAGUCGAGCAGUAUUUCGCAAUCCAGCACUACGGACACCACGACGGAGACGGGGACCGCGACGAGCUCGCCCACCACGACGACCGCCACGGCGUCUUCCACCACGAGCCUGACGAGCUCCUCGAGCGUCAGCACGACGACCGCCAGCAGCACCACCGUGGGCGAGCAGACCCUCGGCGGCUCCCUGAGCAUGUCCGUGCCCGACCCGGCAGCUUUCGUCAGCGACCCAGCGGCUCAGACCGCCGUCACGUCGGCACUCGCCAGCGUCCUCGGCCUCACGCAGAAGCAGGCCGACAACAACCUCGCGGUGUCGCUCUCCAUGGCCAGGCGCUUGGGCCGCCUGGGCCAGCCCCGCAGGCUCAGCCAGCAGAGCGUCGCGGCGAACUUCGUGCUCACGCUCGAAGCAGGCAGCCAGUCCUCGAACGCUGGCAGCCUGGUCGCCGGGCUCCGCGACGCCGUGGGCUCCGGCAGCUUCACCGACACCCUGACCUCGGCGCUCUCGGCCGCGGGCGCCGAUUCCUCGGUGACCGUGACGGGCGUGGAAGCCGACGUCUUUACGAGCACGACCACGGUCUCCACGGAGUCCGAGACCACGACCAAGAUCACGAACACAACCACCUCGACGAGGACCGUCGAUCACCGCACGACCACCGAGACGGGGACGGCCACUGUCACUGCGACCUCUGUCACCACGACCUCGAUCACGACCACGACGCAGGCCACGAUGUCGCUGUCGGCGAGCCCCGAGCAGCUCUCGGCGUGCGUGCCGCUGCUGAUUAGGGCGACGCCGCCGGACAGCGCGGAGGCGCUGGAGUGGUCGUGCGAGGCCAGCGUGGCGCCCGCCCCGCUGUGCGACGCCAUCCUCGCCGCGGUGGAGGAGCAGGCCCAGCGCAGCGCCACCACCGGAGCGCUCGUCGCCGAGGUCGCCCUGUCGCAGGAGGCGGUCGCGACCGCGGGCAGCUCGACGCUCGCGCAGCAUCCCGAUGUCGACUCCAUCUCGGUCACGAUCAGGGUGCGCGCAUACAGAGCGGCUGGCGGCAGCCGCCCCCUGGUAGAGGCCGAGCAGAGCAUCGCGUUCUCGCCGGAGGGCGCGCCGCACCUCACGUCGUGGCAGAGCGUGGGCUACGUGGGUGGCCCGGUGUCCUUCUCCCUGGCCGACGACUACGUGGUCCUGAGCGUCUCGUUCGAGGCCUGCGGCUCAUCGCCCUCCAUCGCGGGCGACGUCUCGUGGUCCUGGAGGGCCAGCGGCGGCUCCUGGACGCACGUGCAGACCGAGCUGUGGUCCCGCUUCCUGAUGACUCCGGCGCAGUUUGGAGGUCCAGGCGACUACGAGGUCCAGUGCGAGCUGAUGGACGGAUCGCUCGAGUCUUCCCUUCAGUUCCAGGUCACGAUCGAAGACGUGGGGCCUCCAGAGGUCGAGCUUGUCGCGCCCCUGGUCGCCAGCGCGGCCUGCGGCGUGAGCUUCGACGCGUCGGGGUCCACCGACCCACGGGGCGAGCUGCUGAACUUCUCGUGGGGCUGCAGCGCGGGCGGUGGCGUCUCCGCCGAGGAGCUGGCCACGUGCCAGGAGCUGGUCCAAGCCACGGGGUCGAGCCUGGCCCUGGCCGGCGGCCAGCUGGGGCAAGGCAACUACACCAUCACGGUGGUGGCCACCCGUCCCGACGGCUCCCGCGGCAGCGCGAGCGCCGACCUGGAGAUCGUCGGCCGCGACACGCCCAACGUCGCGAUUGGUAGCGUUGCCGGCCAGGUGUCGCCGCAGGAGGAUCUGCAGAUCUCCUACACGGUGAGCGUCGGCAGCGGCUGCAGGAGCCCCCAGUGGAAGACUUGGUACCUCAUCGACGAGGACGACCCGCUCGCGACCCCCACGAGCGUGUACCAGACCUCGCAGGCCGCGGCAUGGAUCAACGGCCUCUGGCUGCGGCCCGGGGACAACAUGCCAGAGCCAGGGAACUACAGACUGCGGCUCGUCCUCUCCGAGACUGCCGACGCGGGCUUGGUGACCUCGGAGUCCACCGGCGCCUGGGCCUUCGACUCGGAUGCCUUUGUAGUCGACGAGCCGCCCGCCGAUGGCUACGCCAUGGCCUACCCAGAGUCAGGCACUGCCGCGUCGACCAUAUUCACGCUGAAAACCGCCGGCUGGGUAGACGACGACGUCCCGCUCGAGUACCGGUUCUUCCGGAGCCCCAGUGCGUCGUCCGCGCGCAACGUCGUCUGGGUGACGCUCAGCGAAUGGAGAGAGGUGAGCACCUUCAGCCACUUGCUGCUCUCCGACAUUGGUGAGGUAACGAUCAUGGCACAGGCGAUGGAUCAGCUGGGCUCCGUGGCGGAGGCCACGACCACGGUCACCGUCGAUAAGGCCGAGAACGUGUCUGCCAUUGAGUUGCUCGACAUCGUGGCCGCCGUGUCGGGCGCUGGCGAGCAGUUUGCCACGAUGGCCGCGGUGGCCGCGGUGGCGGCCACGAAGGGGCAGAGCACGGGGAGCCCCGAGGACAACGAGUUCGCUCAGAGCCUAAUGAGCAUAAUGCAGUCCAGCGUGUCGAUGACCGCGGCCACGGCGGAGAUGGUGUCCUCCUUCAGCAACGCGCUGAGCGUGGUGGUCGGAGGCAGCGCCGCUGCGACGACGGCCGACGACAGCGAGGCGAGCACGGCGGCCACGACGAUGGACCCCGACGUGGCGCUGCAGGCCUCGCAGCUGCUGCUGAGCGUCGCGGGUGCCUCCAGUUCCCUCGCGCAGAGCAUGGACGCGGGGACGGCCAGCACGCUCCUCGGCGCGGUGGGCACGCUGGUCGGGGCGAAGCUCGAAGGUGGCCGCAGCCGCGGCGCGCGGUCGAGCUCCAAUCCCAACAGCUCCGAGGAGCUCCUGGCCUCGAACGUCCUCAGUAGCAUGAGCAUCAUCGGCGACGCUCUCGUCAUCGAUGCGGACGUGGGGGUCCCGUUCAGCGUCUCCUCCGGCAGAAUGGUGCUCACGGCCGUGAAGCAGAGCGUCGCGUCGAUGGCCUCGGGCGGGGCGUCGGUGGCCGACUUCAGCCUGUCGGCCACAGACGUCUCUGGCCCCCUGGCGGCCGCGUCUUGCGUCGCCGCCGAGGUGGGCCUUCAGGCCAUCCAGUGGUCCAGGAGCCCCCUCGCUUAUGCUGGGGCGGCCACCACGGCCACCGACUCUGCCAUCCAGACUGCUCUCGCGGCUGCUGGCUUCGACACGGCGCUGGACGGCGUGUCUUGCUGCGAGGUGUCGGAGAGCUCGGCGCAGACGCUCAGCGUGCGGGGCUGCGGCGUCACCCUCGAGGCCUCCGCCGGGUACGAGGCCAUCACGUUCACCGUCCCCCUGGCGGCCGAGCAGCUUAACUCCACGACCCAACAAGGCGUGCGCCUGUGCCAGCGCUGGGACCCGGACGCGACCGCGUGGGUCGACUCCGGCUGCUCGGUCCAGAACGUCACGGACCACCACAUCGUCUGCGCCUGCUCGCAGCUGUCCGCGACGUACGCGGGCACGUACGGCACGCGGCCGACACCGGAGGAGGUCCCGGUGCUCGUGGGCCUGGGCGCGUCGGUCGCUGUGGACACGGUGAGGAGCGCUGGGAUCGGGGCGAUCCUGGAGGGCACCUGGUGGAGGGAGCCCGCCGGGAUCUUCGUGUGGAUCCUGCUCGCGGGGUGGGCGCUGGUCGCCCUGGCCGUGCGGUGGCGCUCGGAGGCCAGCGCCUUCGUCUCCAGGGGCGGGCAGGCCAAGGGCGAGAACGGCACGGGGCUGAGCCUGAGCAGUCUGGCGGAGGCUGCACGAGCGCACCGGCGCGGCGGCAUCGCAGUGUACGUCGUGUGGUUGGCCGCGAAGGCGCUCCAGGUGAGGGCCGACGUGGGCCGCACCUUCGAGGUGCCGCUCCCGCAGGCCCUGCGGGAGCUCCUCGCCGUGAAGUGCCUGCAGAUGUCCGUCGCCGCCCAGCUGCGGGUUUCGAGCUGGGACCUGCAUCUGCUCGCGUCGAGCCAGGUCGAGGUGUCCGAGAAGAGGGCCAAGAGAGGCCGACGAGAAGUCGUCCAUCCCGCGCGGGAGGUCCCCGAGGGCUCCAAGGGCGCGGAGGCGGUGUUUAAGGAGGCGUGGGAGAGGGAGCCCGAGUACUUCCAGACAAAGGUGCGUGCGCUGUUCUGCAGAUUUCUCGGGGCGGUGCACCCGAUCGCAGGGCUGUCCCUCUUCAGUCUGGCGCUGCCCUCCUGGGUGCAGCUCGUGGUGCUGCUGGACUCCCUGUUCGGCUCCUUGGCGCUGCUGGCGCUGUUCCUCAGCGGGAGCGCCUGCACCGCCGACGCCGGUUGCGCAGAGUUCGGCGCCCUCGCACACGCCUUCCCCGACGUGCUCACGACGCUCCUGUGCGCAGUCCUCGGGUCGAUCCCCUGCCUGGCGGUGCUCGGCUUCUACGGCGAGAGCGCUGCAAGGAACCAGUGCAUCGUGCUCGUCGGCGUCGGGUACUUUGUCUUCAGUACGCUCGCGGUUAUGGUCUUCCUCGCCAACGUGAGCAAGGCUGACGGCGAGCGCUGGCUGGUCGCCGCGCUCAUGCGCCUCACACUCGCCUGGUUUCUGCAGCCGGCGCUCCUCGCCUUGCUGUGGUACGCCGUGGCGUUGCACCUCUCGCGCAGCCCAGAGUUGCUGCAGGCUGGUCGAGCGAGCCUGCAGAAGGCCCUGGUGACCGCGGACCGGCAGCCCACGGAGGCCGAGAUGCGCUUCCAGAUGUGGAUGGAGGAGAUCAUCUCCCGGGCGGCGGAGUUCGUCGGGCCGCAGGCGUUCGCAACGGCCGCGGGCCCCCCGCAGCACCUCCACGUGCCGCCGCUCCCGCCGCUCCCGAGCCAGCUCAGGCCACUGACGCCGACACCGUGGGGGCAGUCCCCGCGCGGCAGCGCCGCGUUGGCGCUGGCGGGACCCAGGCUGCCGGACGGCGGCUCGCCUCCGCCGCCCGCGCACGAGCCGCCGCAGUUGCAGCCGGAGCCAGCAUUUCUUUCAGAGCCGACCUGCUGGGAGCCCCCCCAGCAGCCGCUGGCGCAGCCGCUGGCGCAGCCGCCGGCGCAGCCGCUGGCGCAGCCAGGGCAGCCGUACGACCUCGUCGGCGCGACGAGGUGGACCCCCGCAUCGACUGGGCAGGGCGAGAUGGCCUCGCUGCGCAUGGUGGAGCAGCCGCCUCGAGCGAGCUGGCACCAACGCAUCGGCAGCGUUGGCAGCCCCUUUGCGGCGCCCAGCUCGCCGAGCAAUGCGCCGCCCCGCGCGGGCACGCCGCACGCCCCGCUGCCCCUGCGGCCGCCUCCGACCCCACCGACGGCGCCGCUGCAGCCCCCCGCGGCCAGCUCGGGUUUCUCGCUCUCCUCUGGCGCCCUGGCCCCAGCGCCUGCCUCCGCGCAGCCGCCGGGGGCGCCCUCGGGCGCCCAAGAGAUGCGGCAGUGGGCGCUCGCCAACAUGCUGCUGCCGGGGAGCGCUCCAGCGCCGUGGUCGGGCGGGCCAGCGCAGGCGGCCUCGGGGGGCCUGAUCCCGCCGCCGCCGCCGAUGACGCUGGAGGACGUCGGCCACAUGCAGAGGCUCCGCUCGCUGUACCGCGCCCCGGACUGCCCGCCCCCCCCGCCGCUGGGCAGGCUGCCGCUGCUGUCCCUGGACCACCGCUCCGAGGCGCUGCCGCCGCUCCCCCGCGUGGACCACGCCGCCGUGCUGGCGCAGGUCGCCGCGGCCCACGCGAAGCUGGCCGGCCCGACGCCGGCCACCGCGACACCCCUGGGCUUCGGGCCACGGGCACUCGGGGGCGCCGCCGCCGUGCCGAAGGCGGGCCCGCAGGCCCCGCCGACUCCGCGCACCCCACGAGACGAAAUGCAUCAGACACCGCCCAGGAGUCCUUCGGGGCCGUCGCCCACGUCUCCGAGGUGA